AUAAACGCUAGUUGAAAUUGGUUGAAAUCUCUUUUCAGCUAUCUCUUUCUUUGAGAAAAGCAAGUUUAAACUCAAAUAAUUUCGGUAUGGCAAUCAAAUUUGUAAUGACGGUUUUCCCUCGAACCGUCUGGAAUAAAGAUUUCCAGUUACUACACUACACAUAUAUUACAUAUAUAUUUUUAGAUAUUAUUAUUGUAAUGCGAUAUACCUCGCUAAGAGAUGGCAAAUAACGGUGUCCAGAUCGAGAAAUCAUUGCCAGAAACGACACAGGAUGUGGAGCAAAAGAUGAAUGAAAAGACAAAGGAAGAACACGAGGAAUAUCAGUAUUUGAGACUCGUCGAAAAGGUUAUUCAGAGUGGAGCAAAAAAGAACAAUCGCACUGGUGUCAAUACUUAUUCCAUCUUCGGCACGCAAAUGCGAUUCAGUUUACGAGACGGUGUUUUUCCAUUACUGACAACUAAACAAGUAUUCUGGCGAGCAGUGGUUGAGGAACUGUUGUGGUUUAUCAAAGGAUCAACAAAUUCCAAAGAAUUGACAGAUAAGGGUAUUCACAUUUGGGAUGAAAAUGGUUCACGUGCCUUCUUAGAUUCUUGUGGAUUUACUGAUAGAGAGGAGGGUGAUUUAGGACCUGUCUAUGGUUUCCAGUGGCGACAUUUUGGUGCUGAAUACAGAGACAUGCACACAGAUUAUACAGGACAAGGUGUAGACCAAUUGAAGGAUGUCAUUUACAAAGUAAAGCAUUCUCCUGAUGACAGACGUAUUAUAAUGUCAGCCUGGAAUCCAGUUGAUAUUCCGAAAAUGGCAUUGCCGCCAUGCCAUGCUUUUAUACAAUUUUACGUAAAUAACGGAGAAUUGUCCACACAGCUUUAUCAAAGAAGUGCAGACAUGGGUUUAGGUGUGCCAUUUAACAUAGCAUCGUAUUCCUUGUUGACUUACAUGAUCGCUCAUGUUACUGGAUUAAAGCCAGGAGAAUUUGUACAUACAAUGGGAGACUGCCACGUCUACAUCAAUCAUAUAAGUGCCCUUGAGGAACAGGUAAAACGCGAACCGCGCGAGUUUCCAAAAUUAAGGAUAGUUAGAGAAGUUAAAGAUAUUGACGAUUUCAUUGCUGAGGAUUUCGAAUUGAUAGAUUAUAAUCCAUACUCCAAACUCUAUAUGAAGAUGGCUGUCUGAACUACCUCGCUUGGAUAAGCUUCUGAAAGAUCCAUGUAAUCUGUAUUUCGCUUUCGUAAAAUUCAUUAAUGAAGCGAUGUUGGCUGCGUUCAGUAGAGAAAGUAGCUUUGCAGCUGUUGUAAGAUUCUUUAUCAUUUUUUAGACUUGAUUCCUCUUGUACUUAGUUCCUCACUGAUAAAUGUAUAACUAGUCAUACUUUUAAAACUAUCUGAUAACUAAUCACAUUAAAAAAUGUUACAAGAGUUGUAAAGCUACUUUUUCCACUGAAUGCAAUCCUUGA